AAUAUUUUCUAAUUUUAAGUCAUUGUACAAUUGUAUUUGGAAAGACCAACAAUUUGUUGAUGAAAGGAAAACAGAUGAUCAAUGCAAAAACUAACUUCUGGCCGGUGAGAUUCCGAACAAUGCACUGUAAAGGAACGGCAUAAAGUCAAAAUGUCAAAGGAAAGGAAACAAUUUAAGAAAAUAUAUGAAACAGGUGUUCAGCUGUUGAACAACGAACAGAAAGAAGAAUAAAUAUGGUCGGACGUUUGGAUUGCAAUGCAAUAUUGAUAGCUGUUUCCAUUGUUCUGAUUUGCUAUGAAGCAUCUUUGGAAGAAAAGCGACACAAAUUAGCAAUUAUGUAGCAUUUACACAAGCCUGUGUAUGGUCAAAGAGAACAUUAGAGUUCGUCAGUUUUUGCCCUGCCACGGACGAGGCAACACAGAAAGCAGCAAGAAUUAAAAAAUGUGAAGGUUUAUCGCUGAAGCAAAAUUGCACAAAGCCAUCAAACUUCAAAUAUCACUGCCUAUACAGUUAUCCUCUUAGAAAGUUAGUUGAAGUUUGUGCAGUCGAAACCUCUGUUCAUGGUGGGUGUUUAAUGUAUGAUACGACACUAUAUAAAAUAAAACAUACUUACAAAGUGGAAUGUGGGAGUGCUGCGACUGUUUGUCCAAAUACAUACAUAUCAACGGAAGCACAUUUGCUGGCACCUUGUCCCAGCUUGGUGAAUUUGACAUUUGAGAUUACACAGCCUACUAUCAGCACCCCGCAUGACACAAAUGAUCGGUAUUGGAUCAUUGUGUCAUCGGCAAUCGUGAUUACCAUUACCAUUCUUAUUAGCUGCUUGCUAUGGAUACGACGAAGAAGAUGCACACGGGUACCGAGAGGCGAUGAGGAAACCACUUUACCUCUACUACAACGAACAUUUACAAAUAAAGAAGUUGUCAAAGUGCUAGGAGAAUACGAUGUGUGGAAAACAAGUAUAUCAGAUCAGUUCUCCUCCCUGUCUGAUGACGAGGUGUACGUGUUAUUCUGUUUUCUGUGGUCUGACUCCGGUACCCCCGACUUUACUGAUACAGACUGUCUGGACAUUCUUAAUAAGAUACGGAAGGAAGUGUACCGUAGGGACAGUGUAACAAGUGAGGAGGCACAGCGGACUCUGGACGGACUGAAGUCACGUGGAUUUCUUUGGGAUCAGGACGGAGUACACAUCACUAAGAAGGCCAAGGAGGAGACCAUGUACCGUGUUAUAGGACGUGGUAUAGAACUUAAGAUGACCCUCAAUGUGCUGUAUUAUAUGUUUAGUUUAUCCAGUUAUACUAUAGCAGUGAGGUAUCUGAGAUUACGGGAAUACACCAGGAAGUCUGGAGAGAGAUGUGUCAUUAGUAACGACUCGGACUGUGAUUCCUUACUCAUACGCCGUCUACAGAUGAACAUACUGACCCACGUCACCAUGAAAGACACGAGUUUCUGUGAUGAAGUGUCGCGUUACUUGAACAUCCCUCUAAAUAAAGUACGUACGAGUAAGGGUAAACGAAGAGCGUUUUUAGAGGAAUUACAGCAGACUGGGGAGUGUGUACAAUACAGAGGCGGAUCACAGGGCAGUGUACAACACGUCAAGUGGCUCUGGAGAUACGACUUUAACGACAGACCUGACAUCGUGAGAUCCUGUAUAGGUCCCCACCCACACUGGGAUAUUUACAUCAUCAACAACACGGCUUACAGAAAGCACAGUCAGUACCACGACUGUACUCCAGCUGAACGUUGUCUCCUGUACUGUCUUCUGAUGGUCAAUGACGCAUCUAAUAUCAAGGUGUACAAUGCGAUCAGAGAACGAUAUUUUACAGAACUACCUUUUUGUGAUGAAAUUACCGCAACUAACACUCUCGGGAAAAUCAUUCAUGUAGAAAACGACGUGAUCAAGUUUAGAUCUGACGACAUCCGACAUGGCGUCAUGUACGCGUUCGUUACGGAGUGUCUGGUGGAGGACAGUGAUCUGAAGUUUUUCCUGACCACGGCGUCACGUGACAUGAUAUCAGAAUACUGCCGGUUGUGGGGUUAUAAGAGGAGUGAGGGAGAGAAAUGUCUGUAUAUACCGAAUGAGAUGUACGAGCUGUUCAUAGACAGACUACAGCUGGACAUCCUCACCCACUGUACCAUGUCAGACGAGGGGAUUCAUUACAGGAUCAGUAAACGUUUAAACGUUCCUGAGGAGGUAAUGAAAUGGGACAUUGAUGCAAGACGGAGAUAUGUAAAAAGUAGUAAAGAACAAGGACGAAAGAAACUGUACUGUGCUAGAGGUAUGCUUGUUGGAUGCGCAGGCGCAGGGAAAACAACACUUCUUAGAAAGCUUCAGAACAGAGAGACAGCAGACCGACCCACGGAGACAACUGUGGGUCUGGAGGUCCAUGAGGAUUUGUUGGAAAUAGAAUCUGGCACACUGAAAAAUUACAAAGGAGAGUCUUCAGUAUUCCACAGUGAUAAACAGCUGAUAAGCAUGACAGAUUUUGCCGGACAAGUGGCGUACUAUGCCUGUCAUCAGGUUUACCUGUCCAGAAGAGCGUUCUAUAUGUUAGUCGUUGACAUGUCCAAAAAUCUGACAGAGAAAGUUCACGAGCAUAACAAGGAUCGCCACGACCCAAGUGGAUCCUUAUUUCACAACUGGACCUAUGAUGACUACAUCGUUUUCUGGCUGCAGUGCAUAAAAACUUACUGCGAUGUCGGAAAAAGGCGAAUCCGUGGUAGAGAAAUAGAAAGAGAAAAUGGUAAUCCAGUGAUUCUCAUCGCUUCACACAAAGAUGAAGCUGAUUCGGGACAACAGACAUCAAAUUUCUUCUGGGAGUUGAGGAAGUCAUUGCCUAAAGGACUAGCCUUGACGGAUAUCUUAUUAUCCGACAAAUAUUUUGAAGUCGAAUGUCCACCAAGAUCAUUAAAUAACGAAGAAAAGAAAGCUAUAGAAAAUGUCAAAGAAUGUGUUGUUAAAACCGUCAUGCAGUUGCCUCAAUGGGGAGAAGAAAUUCCUUUGAAUUGGAUAAAGUUAGCCCACAUUUUUAAGAAAAAGAAAAGAGAAGGAGAAAGAAUCAUGAAAAGAAAUGCAUUGCAAGAAAUGGAAGAAUUUGAAUUUUCAGCUGAGCAGGACAUUGACGAUAUGCUUCGAUUUUUCCAUGAAAUUGGACAUGUUUUGUAUUUUGCAGAUAAGAAAUUGAAGGAUACGAUUAUAAUCAAUGUCCAAUGGUUUGUUGAUGCGUUUAAAUACAUCAUCACCGAUCGAAAGCACAUACCAGGCAGUAGUAUGGCCUGUGACGAAUGGAUGAGAACAGGGAGAAUUUCCGAAUCAACCUUUCAGAAAAUAUGGAUGGAUUCAGGAGACGAAUCGUACGCUCAGUAUCAAGAGGACAUUUUACCAUAUAUGCAGAGACUUGGACUUAUGACAAAAAAACUGACGGACUCAGAAAAUAAACAAGAUAUGCACUACGUCCCAAGCAUGAACAGAGUGGAAUUUUCCGAGGAAAAUCUAGACGUAAUCAAUAGAGGAGACAAAACACCUGUUCUUAUUUUUCAUUUCAAGACUUAUUUGCCCCAUUUUUUCUUCUUCCGUCUGGUUGUUAGUUGUUUGGAGAAGUGGACAGCGCUCGAUCAAGACAUGUUUUGUAAAAGUGCAGCAUUUUACAAGACAGGCGAUUAUACCCAUUGUAUUGCCAUUGCUGUUAACAAAACAUCGAUUCUGUUGCAAGUAUUUACACCUGGUAAGAGAAAGAAGCUACAAACCGGAACAGUCGUAGAAAUAAGGAAUGAGGUUGAAAAGUUUGUUGAAGAAAUAACAAAAACCUUUCACGAUCAAGUUGGUUAUGAAAUAGGAUACUCUUGUAAGGAUGUGCCAAUUACUAUUGUCGAUGAAAAUUACUUUUUGUCAGAGUCCGAAGUGUUAGCAUUUGAAGAUGACGUAACAUGUCCAAAGCAUGUUAAGGCAAAAUCACUCCAUGACGUCAACAGACGUGACUUGAUUGGAUGUUGGAGGAGUGAUAUUUGAACGCUGUAGCGCAAUACUACUUGCAGUAACACUAUGACAAACAAGCACGGGCGCGUGUUUCAGAAGCGCAGUAUGAAAUGAGAACUGUUUGAAUAUUCAUUCCACAUACCCAUCUGUAUACUUUGAUUCCCAAAUUACCCUACACUAUGAUUGGUAUACACUUAACCACAUGUUAUGGGAUAUGCAUAUAAUAUCAAACUUCCAUAUAUCCGAUGUAAAAAAAAAAAAAAAAAAAAAAAUAGAUAUAUCAAUGUAAUGUAGGAGUUAUGAUAGUGAUCACUGUUCGUUAUAUUUGCCUUUCAUUCACUUUGCAUUUAUGAAUGACCUACGCCAUUAUGAUAUAAAUCUAAUAAAUCCCACUGUGAAAAUUGUACUUUUAGAAUUAAAAAUUUUAAUCUACAAAACAUCUACAGCUACGUACACUUGGCAUAUUUUACUGAUUUGGGGCAGGAAACAUCAAAUCCACACAUAUUCAGAUCAAAAAGUUAAAAUCUAUAAAACCCACACAUAUUCUUAUCCAUAAAAUGUAUAAUAUCCAGAUAUAUUCUGAUCAAAAAUAAUUUUUAUUAUAUUCAUGCAUAUCCUGAUUAAAAAGAAAAAUGUAUUAUAUCCACAUAUAUUCUGACCAAAAGGAAAUUGUAUCAUAUCCACAUAUAUUCUGAUGAAAAGUAAAUGAAUCAUAUCCAAAUAUAUUCUGACCAAAAGAAAAAAUGUAUCAUAUCCACACGUAUUCUGAUCCCCAAAAUUAUUUCAAACCCACGCAUGUCCUGAUCAAAAAGAGAAAAAAAAAAGUAUCAUAUCCACGUAUAUCCUGAACAAAAGCAAAAUCAUAUCCGCAAAUAUUCUGAUCAAAAAUAAAAUUUAUCAUUUCCCCACACUAUUCCCUUUCAAACGAAAAAAAAAUUACGUGGAGGAUCAAUAUGGUCAAAUAUCCUGCGUAACUUUUAAAAACCGAAAUGGUUCUAACCUAGCAUUAGUGUACAUAUAAUUCUAAACUAGUUCACCCGAAUAUAUGUAACUGAUUUUACCCGCUUAUUUUAUAUUAUAUUUCAAUAUCAAAGAUGCAGUGAUUCUUUAUCCCUACCAUCCUAACUAGAUUAUAGUAAUGGUUUGAAUAUUGUAUUUCGUUUUUCCAAUGUAACCCUUUAUUGCAUUUGUUUAUUUUUACUGAUGAAUGAAUUAUUGCUGUUAGAAAUUAAAUAUAUUUUUCUGUCGAUGAUGGGAAUCUUUUCGAUAUAACCUCUUCCAUAUCAUUAUUUUAGCUGUCAUGUCUCCUACCUAUACUAUAAACAGGGAAGUAGUCGCCCCUUCUAUCGUUGCUCAUCUCGCCCUUGUGUGUGGGCAAAUUUAAAGACUGGACGAGUCGGGUUUCCUUUCUAGGAUUUUCGAUCAGUUCUGUUUGGAUAUUUCAAACAGAAACCAAUUAAGAGAAAGUUUAACAGGACAAUGACCUUUAUAAAAUUUAUCAGUUACCACUGCUUUUCGAAGACGUACGUCCCUCUAUGUCUAUAACUAAAAUCAAUAACAAGAAGUCUCAUCUGACUUGUGUGUAUUCGUAUUGAGGGUACCCUUUAAUAUAAUUUUACAAAGCUGGAGAUCAUUGACAAACCCUUUAUGCCGCCACCCUAAUUUAGAACAAUUCUGGCAACGUCACAAUAUAUAUAUAUAUAUAUAUAUAUAUAUAUAUAUACGUGACGUCAGUAGAGUAUUGUAUAAAACACCUGCUGCAGAAAAGACGUUAUUUUGCUAAGAAACACCAUGUAUACACAUUGAUAUACAUUGUAUGAUGUGGGAGAGUCCCUCAUGCGAUGGGUUUCCAAUCUUUUUUACUUUGAAAAUUUGUACAGAAACGUAAUUUGAUGAAGUUACAAAGGAAUGUUACUUUUUACCCGCUUUUAAUUUGGAAAUAAUAUACUGCUUUGAUUGUAACUAUCUGUAUCAAUAAAAGUGUGUAAGACUCCUCA